AUGGGUGCGACCGACAACAACGUCAAGGAGAGCUCGUCUCUCGACCCGGCCCAGCAGCCGCCAGUGUCUGCGGGUUCGGCUGUCGAGGUCGAGGAGCCUCGCAAGCCGUGGUGGCACCCGGUCAUCGAGCCGGGUUCCGCCGUCCAGAUCGUCAUCGCCGCCGCCAUCGCCGUUGGUAUCGGUAUCGGUGUCAGUGCCUCCGUCGACGAUAUCCCACCAGCCGCCCCGGCCAUUCUCGCCAUCCCCGGUAACCUCUGGUUGCGCGCCCUCCGCGCUGUUGUCUUACCCAUGAUCAUCUGCGCCAUGAUCCUCGCCGUCCAGUCGCUUCGGGAGAUCACCAGGGGCGGUGCUAUCCUGGCCCGCUGGACCGUCGGUUACUAUAUCCUCACCACCAUCGUCGCCAUCUCCUUCUCCGUUGUCAUGACUUCGCAGGUCUGGGCUCCGCUCAUGACCGUGGCGAGCGACGAGUCGUUGGACCGCGAGGCCAACGGCGUUGAUAACUUCGCCGACCGCGAGAACGUCCAGCCUCAUGACGUCGUCGUGACCCUGUUUGACACCCUAAUCCCCCGAAACAUCGUCUCGGCCCUCUCCAACGAUGACUUGCUCGCCGUCCUCGUCACCUCCAUCGUCGUUGGCUAUCUCAUCCGCCCCGACCGCGACUCGUCCAUUCUCCGGGUCGUCAAAGAGGUCAACGACAUGAUCACCCGCGUCAUCGUCUUCCUCAUCAAGCUCGCCCCGAUCGGUGUUUUCUUCCUCAUCUUGCCCAACAUGUUCCGCCUCGACCUGAACGACGUCGGCACGAACCUCGGCUACCUCAUCGGCGGUGCCAUCAGCUCCAUGAUGAUCCACCUCUUCGUCAUUCUUCCCCUCAUCUUCUUUGCCUUCACCCGCAGGAACCCUUACCCCUACUGGGCCAAGUCUUCUGCCGCGUGGACCACCGCCUGGGGUACCGCGUCCUCCGCCGCCACUCUUCCCGUCACCCUCCGCUGCGCCCGCGAGCGCGGGAACCCCAACACCGUCGUCGACUUCGGCGUGCCCCUGGGCUGCCUGAUCAACAUGGACGGUACCGCCAUCUACUUCCCGCUCGUCGUCGUCUUCAUGGCCCAGACCCAGGGCAUUACCCUCAACGCCGGCGACUACAUCCUCGUCCUCCUGCUGUCGACCCUCGCUUCCAUCGGUACCACCCCGAUCCCGUCGUCUUCGCUCGUCCUGACCGUCAUGAUCGCCACCUCCGUCGGCGUUCCCCUGACCGGCAUGUACGCCGUCGUCGUCGCCAUCGACUGGUUCCUCGACCGCUUCCGCACCAUGACCAACGUCUCGGGCGACUUGUUCGCCGCCGCCAUCCUGAGCAAGGUCACCGGCAUCACCGAUCCCGAGAUCCUGACCGAUGACGAGGUCGGCCAGGUCCGCAGCAACACCGUCCGCGACAACAUGGACCGUGUCUAG